ACAAAUGACCAGAAAACAGAAGCAAACCACUUGAUUCGUAAACCUUCCCUGUCGCAACUUAGGGUUUAUACGCGACGCUUCCAACGGUUCUCUGAUCCGAAAACACUGUCGCCGUUGUAACCAUGCCGCAAGGGGAUUACAUAGAACGUCACAGAAGAGACUAUGGCUACCGCCUCGAUCACUUCGAACGCAAGCGCAAGAAAGAGGCGCGUCAAGUUCACAAGCGCUCUGCAAUGGCCCAGAAGGCUUUGGGUAUUAAGGGCAAGAUGAUUGCCAAGAAAAAUUAUGCCGAAAAGGCACAGAUGAAGAAAACUUUGGCCAUGCAUGAAGAGUCAACAUCUAGGCGGAAGGCUGAUGAUAAUGUUCAAGAUGGAGCUGUUCCUGCAUAUCUUCUGGAUCGUGAUAACACGACCAGAGCAAAGGUUCUCAGCAACACCAUUAAGCAAAAGAGGAAGGAGAAAGCUGGGAAAUGGGAUGUUCCUCUACCUAAGGUACGUCCUGUGGCUGAAGAUGAAAUGUUCAAAGUGGUCCGUUCUGGUAAAAGAAAGACCAAGCAAUGGAAGAGGAUGGUUACUAAAGCUACAUUUGUUGGACCUGGUUUUACCAGAAAACCUCCAAAGUAUGAGCGGUUCAUUCGUCCUACUGGAUUGCGUUUCACCAAAGCUCAUGUCACUCAUCCAGAACUUAAAUGCACAUUCAAUCUAGAAAUGAUUGGUGUGAAGAAAAACCCAAAUGGCCCUAUGUACACCUCUCUUGGUGUUGUUACCAAGGGAACUAUAAUUGAGGUGAAUGUUAGUGAACUUGGUCUUGUCACACCUGCCGGGAAAGUUGUGUGGGGUAAAUAUGCUCAGGUUACCAAUAACCCAGAAAAUGAUGGUUGUAUAAAUGCUGUUUUACUUGUUUAAGGUCAUGUCAGGUAUUGGAGUUCCACUUGACUCUAAAAGUGGUCAAGGCCCUCUUCUAUGACUAUAUUACCAUCCCCAAUUUUUGAGGAAAGUUGGACAAUCUUUGCUGGUACCUGAGAUUUUUGUCCGAGAAAAUAGUGUGGCAGUUUUGUUAUUGAAUUGGAUUACUGACAUCAUUCUUCACCUUUUUUGGGUAGUUAAUGCAAUGAUCAGAUCUGGCACGU